CGAUAUAUCGCAUUGAUUGCGACAAUACACGACUUUAUUACGUAUAUCACCGCCUAUGACGUAGGCGUUUUCGGGCGUAGUGUUGUUGCAAUAUAUGAUUAUAGAAUGGCGUAUUCGUUGCAUUUUCCUCACGUGCGCUCAUGUGUUAAUUUCUGGAGGAACUCAAUUGGUGUGUAAAGUACUGCACUAGAAAAUGGCUCGUUUCAUACCUGGGUCAGCUUCAGAACCCUCAUCUGAGGUAGAACUUACAAUUUCUUGCAGGAAUCUUCUGGACUGUGAUGUGUUUUCCAAGUCAGACCCCAUGUGUGUAACAUAUCUCAAGAACUUUGAGGUUAUGGAAUGGCAGGAGGUUGCCCGGACGGAGACUAUAAAUAACACACUUAACCCCAAUUUCACCAAAAAGGUACAUGUGUUAUACCGAUUUGAGGAGCAGCAGCACAUCAAGUUUGAGGUGUAUGAUGUGGAUACUUAUGAUCCAAGUCUAGAGAAGCAGGAUUUUCUGGGCCAGUGUGUAACAACCCUUGGACAUAUUGUGUCAUCGGGAAAGGUGACACUACCAUUGAUGGGAAUGCCUUGUAACAAGGGCGAAUUGACAGUUGUUGCUGAGGAGUUGGCAGUGUGCAGAGAUGAAGUUCUGUUGCAGUUCAGCGGUCGUAACCUUGAUCGCAAGGACUGGUUUGGCAAGUCUGAUCCUUUCCUGGAAUUUUACAAAGUCAGUGAGGAUGGUGAGUAUCAUGUUGUUCAUCGAACAGAAGAGAUAAAGUGGACAUUAAAUCCAAACUGGAAACCAUUUGUUAUACCUGUGCGAUCGCUGUGUAGUGGAGACAUGGAUCGAUCCAUCAGAGUGUUGUGUUAUGACUGGAACCGCAGUGGCAAUCACAGCCUGAUUGGAGAAUUCUUUGUCACUUUGAAUGAACUGAGCGCAGGACCAGGCCCCUACAAUGUACAUCCAUGUAUACAUCCUACGAAACAACAACAGCAGCCAUCAUACAAGAAUUCUGGUGAGAUUAUCCUUGUGCGCUAUGAGUAUAGGAAGGUGUACUCCUUUCUGGAUUACAUUAUGGGAGGCUUGCAGCUUAAUUGUACCAUAGCUAUAGACUUUACAGCAUCUAAUGGUGAUCCGCAGUCUCCUGAUUCAUUGCACUUCUUUUCGUCCAGUAUGCCAAACCAGUAUGAGCAGGCUCUGACAGCUGUCGGGGAGAUAAUUCAAGAUUAUGACAGUGACCAUUUGUUUCCUGUGCUGGGAUUUGGUGCACGUUUACCUCCAGAUGGACGAGUAUCGCACGAGUUCUUCGUGAACAUGCAUCCAGCUAAUCCUUACUGCAAUGGAAUAUCAGGUGUGCUAGAUGCUUACAGGACCUGCAUCAGACAAAUUCAGUUGCAUGGGCCAACCAACUUUAGUCCUGUCAUUAACCAUGUGGCCAAAUUUGCUGAAACGUAUCAAGAUGGAUCUCAGUAUUUCAUCCUGUUAAUCGUAACAGAUGGAGUUAUUACUGACAUGCCUCGAACCAAACAGGCAAUUAUUAGGGCAUCUACUCUCCCAAUGUCAAUCAUUAUUGUUGGUGUUGGUAAUGCUGAUUUUACAGCCAUGAAUGAACUUGAUGCUGAUACAGUACCACUAGUUUUCAAUGGUGUUCAGGCCCAGCGUGAUAUUGUUCAGUUUGUGCCAUUCAGAAACUUCCAGCGUCUUCAGAAUGUGAGUGCUGCAAAAGCUUACCUUGCGAAGGAAGUUCUGGCAGAAGUUCCAGACCAGAUAGUUGGUUACAUGAAGAGCAGGAACAUUAAGCCAAAAAAGCUGCAUACUCAACAGUCGUCCAACACAAGCAAUGAGGCUCCUCCACCAUAUUCUGAACAUUAAAGAGGUGCAUGUGAAGUAAUAGAGGGAAAUAAUUUGUGAUAUAAAAAAGAACAAGCUAUGGAAGAUGUGUACGGUAGUUCUUUCUACUGUGUGCUUCUGGGCCUUGAUGUUCUCUAAUUCUAACCAGUAACUUAAAAUUAAAUGAAAGAAAAAUAACUUUUAUUAUAUAAAUUAAGAAAGCUGUUUUAUAAAAAUGGUGCUACCUGCUGAAAUAAUAUUUUACAAAAUGUAAAACUUCAGCAUUUAGCUGCAUUAUAUGUUGAAGCUAAGCCCCAAAAGCCGACCUUGAGGAUAAGAAUCACAGAGUGUUUUCUUUGUCACCCAGUGAUCCAAUUUUAUUUCCAGUCUUUAUUCAGAACACAGUAACUGUAAUGGAAUUCCUGUUUAACGUUCUUCAGUUUUAUGUUUUCUCAUUUAAUGUUCUGCCUUCAACGAUUGCAAGUCAGCAAUGUCUGUUAAAUUACCUCCAUUUCAGACUUUCCUCACUUUACUGUUUUAGAUUCAUUGUUCUCCAAGGAAGUCUUAAAUGGGGGUUUCAUUGUAACCAAUGCAAUGUAAAAAUUAAUGAGAGUGCCUGUAGUUUGGCUGGAAGCAAGGCUUCCUCCAUUUGCAUGCACAGAGGGAGUACAAA